AUGUCUGAGCAUACCACUCGCAAAUACGGCGACCUGGAGUCUAGGGGUGCCGAGGCCACUGGGCGUCAAGCAAUUAGCACAGGCCUUUUCAACUCGAGGACUGGAGCUGCCGGAGGCGAUGUUAACGGUGGAGAUGGUGGAAAAAUCUCCAUUGCAAAAGAACAUAACUUUGUUGAGACCGCGAACAUCAAUGUCUCCGGAGGCAACGCUCAUCAGACCGGGUAUCACACCAGAGGUUUCCAUCAUGUGCAGACUUCGGGCAAUGUGAAGGGUGGAAAUGGUGGCACACUUGAACUCUGA